UCGUGUACUUAAUCCUUUAGUGUUCUUUCCUUACUUUUUUUUCAAUUAGUUGACCAUGAGCCCUUGAUUGCUAAAUAAUAUGAUUCUAACGCGUACUGCAUUUCCUCAGAUGAAAACGUAUCGAAGCACUCAGCAAGAUACCAUGAGCUCGUCAGUGUAGAACAUUAGGUAUCAAUUCAUCUGACGGUUCUGAGCAAUUCCUAGGAAGCAAUAAAUUCGAAAUGUCGGACGUUCAGUAUUCUUAUACAAAAAAGCGGGCCGACUUCGGUCGGCACUGCAACUUCGGGAACAGUACGAAGUUGAUGGUUGAGAACAUUCAACCGAACAAAGCUCUUUGUGAGGAGUACAUUCGGAAAGACCCCGUCGACAAAUCCACCCAGCAUACGAAACAGUUCGCUCUACACGAGCUGAACACAAUCCGUGCGGAGUAUGAGAGCACCCAUAUCAACCACGUGGAGGGUGGAUGGCCGAAAGACGUCAACUACCUGGACGUCGAACACACGCUACGAUUCAGGAAAAAAAUCGAAAAGGAUGAAAUGUAUAUUCACACUGUUCUUCAAUUAUCUCACCCGAUGGAGCACGUGAUCCACCAGAACAACGCGAUCAACAUCUACGAGCUGUACUUCUCGGAUAUAGAGGAGGGGAAGGCGAUGGAGAAGAUCUCCUCGCGGACGAUCAACGUCUUCCGGGACCCGAACACGGUGAAGCGACCCGUGCAGCACCUUUCCUGGUCCCCGGACGGGGGCACCCGCCUCGCCGUCACCCACGCCAACCUCGAGUUCCAGCGGGCCCCACACGACCUCUGCACCCACUCCUACAUCUGGGAAGUCGAAAAUCCAAAUUCUCCGGACCUAGUUUUAAAGCCGAAGACGACGAUCCUGUCCCUGGAAUACCACCCGAAAGACCCGCAUUGUUUAGUGAGCGGGUUUUGCAGUGGCCAAGUGGGUGCGUGGGACACUCGAAAGGGAUCGGAGCCGUGCGAGUUGAGCAACAUGACCAACAGUCACAGGGAUCCCGUCCUCAAAGUCCUCUGGAUCAACUCCAAAUCUGGCACCGAAUUUUUCUCGGCCUCCACGGACGGGCAGAUGAAAUGGUGGGACACGCGAAAACUUGAUGCACCGUUGGAGACGUUACUGAUUGACUUGACAAAAGGCGACGAACAACUUCUGAGCCGGAGUUUAGGUAUAUCUGCUCUCGAGUACGAUGCUUCCAUUCCAAUCCGCUUCAUGAUAGGAACAGAGACAGGCAUAGUGAUAAGCGGGAACAGAAAAGGCAAAACAACGUUGGAGAAGCUGACGGCGCAGUUCAAAGCGCAUCAAGGUCCUGUGUAUGCUCUCCACAGAAAUCCAUCCUUCGUUAAAAAUUUCUUGUCGGUCGGUGAUUGGACCGCCAAAAUCUGGACAGAGGACUGCCGCGAGUCCGCAAUCAUAUGGACCAGCAAUUAUCGUCACUUGCUCACGAAUGGAGCGUGGAGUCCGACCAAAUAUUCUGUCUUUUACACCACGAGUAUGGACGGUUCACUGGAUGCCUGGGAUAUUCUCAACCAACAGAGGGAGCCUAGUCUUAGUGUUAAGAUGUUUGAUCGGGAGAGUCGAAGAGAGAAGAUAAUUGAGGCAAAGCUGAGAGAACAAAGGUUAAAAUCGAAGGCUGCUGCCAAGUUAGCAGCGGGGGCUGGAGCGUUGCUGAAAGAGACCAAACCUCACAUCCAAAUCAACAAGGAUGAUCAGCUUGUCAUCCAGGCUGAAGAAGAAUUCUUUGCAAUUCUCGCUGAGCAAAAAGAGAUGCAAGAUGAAUACGCGGAGAAACUGGCGAGUGUACUACACAGCACAGUCGGGAAGGAUGAAAAGAAAGGGAUCAAAGAGAAAGAGAGCAAGGAAUCUAAAGCAGCGAAGCAGGAGGCAGAUGACGAGACCAAAGGCAAAGAAUAAACCUCUGACAGCCUUCGCUUUCAGCCGCAGAUAAAGACGCAUCCUCCUUGUCCGCACGAUAUGAUGUAAUGGUGAUUUGCGAUAUAUCGAUUGAUCUGCCAUUUAAAACUAUAAAUAUGGA